AUGGUUUAUCCCAUGCCUUCUCGAUCUCAAUAUGGAGAUCUGGAAGGAAUGGGAGGCUCACGGGUGCUGGGCGGUUAUGUCCAGAAAGAAAUCGUUCAUCCAUUUCCCAUGAUAAGUGAGUUUGGAGAUGACAGAAACUCCUACUGCUCCUUUGAGCCCAAAGACACAGUGCUGCUCCAGUCAGAGAAUGGCAGUCUGCAACAAAGAGUCAACAUGCUGACCCUCGAGCUUCAGACAAGCAAAGAGCGAGAGGAGCAGCUUGAAGAUGUCAUUCAGGCCUAUGAGAAAAUCCACAUGGAGAAGUCCAGCCUUCAGCGAGACCUAGACAAGAUGGUGAGAACUCUCAUAAAACAUUCAUUCCAUGACAUCCAUGGUACCACAUUUGGUCACACAAGUAGUGAUCAUCAUGAUAAGCUGCACAACAAAGACAUGCAGUACCUGCAACUACACAGCCCUGACUCACAUAUGCUAGACUGCCCCAUGACCCUACAGAGCUCCCGAAGUCUGGACACCCUCUCUGACCUCAAACUGCAGCGUCUGGAGGCGGAGCUAGAGGGGGCACGGCACGAGGCUCAGGGGGCAUGUCAGAGGGAGGAGGAGCUAAAAGCUGAAUGUGAGAGGUUAAGGGAAGAGCUGAGAGAACUGCAAAGCAACCAGAGGCAGAGGGAGGUGAGUUCCACAUGUGGACAGUGUGAUGUGGAGUGGAUAAAGAAAGUUGGAGAUGAACAAGUAAAUCUGGCUUUGGCCUAUACUGAACUAACAGAGGAGUUGGGCAAGUUGCAGGCUCUGACCUCGAAACAGACAGAGAUAUUGCGGAAAGUCUCACAGGAGCCGGCAAGCCCAGUUCAGCGCCACUCUCCUGUCCCUCACCAGAGGCAUUCUCCUGUUCCACAGCGACAUUCCCCAAUCCAACAGCGGCAUUCCCCUAUUCAACAGCGUCAUUCUCCUAUUCCCCAGCGACGCUCCCCUGUUCUGCAGCGUCUCUCUCCGGACAUGCACCGUCGCUCACCUCUGCCUGAGCUCAGCAACGGCCCCGCAUCCUAUUCCUGCAGGCCCACUUCCCAC